AUACCGCGGUAACACUGAACAGCAUAUUUACAGUGGCGCUGCGUUUCGGUUCACGGGGAGAGAAAACGAAUCUGUAGGCGUGUGAAUUGUGGUGCGGUUUUGUCGUGAAAAAAACGCUUGUUCGGCCGCGUCUCGUCUGAAAUCCACUACUAAUGUUUACAGCAUAAAAGUGUGUUGCGACGGGAAGAAACAGUUCCUAACGAACAAGUGUGACAAGGUGUCUGUAAUCUCCGUGCAGUGCAUAUAUGAUUGCGUGUGAUACGAUAACACGAUAAGAAGAGUAUGAAAAUAUGAGUGCAUCAACGCCCACAGCACAGCAAGCGGCAUCCGGUGUCGGUGGACCACCAGUACCUCCGGCGAAGCCAGUUCUUUCCUCACCCGGUGCGUACAUGGCCAACUUCCAGUCCGGUGUGUCCGGUUCAACGGUGGCACCGCCAAUCACUGCCGGUAUCCACGGUACGAACAAGACGCACGAGAAGCCGACAAUUGCCGCCCGGCCUAUUCCACCUCCGAAGCUGCCAAACUACUCAUCAUCGUUUAAUAAGAUCGAUCGCGAUCGUAAUGAGUUCACCAAAAUCGACAAAGCGGAACGGGAAAAGGUUAGCCUGUUGGCAACCAAGCGCGAAAUGUUCUUCAAAUCGGAAAGCAACAGUCCGUCCGGGCCGCCACCAAAUCCACCGGUAGGACUGAAUAGUCUCAACUUGGCUAACAACAACGUGAUCCAUAAUAACAGCGCAAACGCGGCCACCGACAAACACAGCACUGCAGGGCUCACUAACUCAACUGCCGGUGGCGUUACUAACAACAGCUCACCGGCCGCCGUCUCGAUUGGCGCAAUGGUCACCAAUAACAAUCAUAACGGUCUAAACGGAGCCGCGACCACGAACGGGAGCAGCUUGGCCGGGAACAAUAAUCUCACUGGUGCUGGUGGCGGUGUAAACGGACUGUCGAGUAUGAACAGUGUUUCGCUGAAGGAGAAACGGGACGCAUUGCUAAACCAUCACGAGAGUGGUGCAAAUGGACACCACCAUCAUCAUCAUGCGGAUGCAGCGAACGCCAAGCUGGCCAGCGAACGACACGAAAAGGAGAAGCCGGUGGUGAAAUCGAAACCGAAGGAGUUGGACGGAUACGUAGGAUUUGCGAACCUGCCCAACCAGGUGUACCGGAAGGCGGUGAAAAAAGGAUUUGAAUUGACGCUGAUGGUAGUUGGUGAAUCAGGACUGGGCAAAUCUACACUCAUCAAUUCAAUGUUCCUAUCGGACAUCUACCAUGCCGAGCAGCAUCCCGGUCCUUCAAAACGCAUUAAAAAGACGGUGGCCGUCGAGAGUACGAAGGUACUGCUGAAAGAGAAUGGUGUAAACUUAACAUUAACGGUUGUCGAUACGCCUGGAUUUGGUGAUGCCGUGGACAACAGUAACUGCUGGCUACCGAUUGUAGACUUUGUCGAAUCGAAGUAUGAAGAGUAUUUGACGGCAGAGUCUCGUGUUCACCGAACGGCAUUGCCAGAUUCGCGUGUGCACGUCUGCCUGUACUUCAUUGCCCCGUCAGGGCAUGGAUUAAAGCCACUGGACAUCGAGUUCAUGCAGCGACUGUGUGAUAAGGUUAACAUCAUACCGGUCAUUGCCAAAGCGGACACACUCACUCCGGAGGAAAUUACUCUGUUCAAAAAGCAGAUUCUGAAUGAAAUCGCUCAACAUAAGAUAAAAAUUUACGAUUUUCCGGAUCCGAUGGAUGAGGAGGAAGAUGCAAAAGUGCUUAGACAGCUACGGAGCCGUGUGCCGUUUGCAGUUGUCGGUGCAAAUGCGAUUAUUGAGAUCGAUGGACGUAAAGUUCGCGGUCGACGCUAUCCAUGGGGUGUUGCUGAAGUUGAGAAUCUGGACCAUUGUGAUUUCAUUGCCUUGCGCAACAUGGUUAUUCGUACAAACCUGCAGGACCUGAAGGAUGUGACAAACAAUGUGCACUACGAAAACUACCGUUGUCGAAAACUAGCCGGUUUGGGUACCGAUGGCAAAGCCAAGCUGAGCAAUAACUUAUGCAAUAUUGGAACUGUUAACACAAAUGGUACUGGAUGGAACCCGCUGGCUCAGAUGGAAGAGGAAAAACGGGAACAUGAAUCGAAGAUGAAGAAGAUGGAAGCCGAAAUGGAGCAGGUAUUUGAGAUGAAAGUGAAAGAGAAGAAGCAAAAGCUGAAGGACUCCGAAGCCGAGCUAACCAGACGUCACGAGGAGAGAAAGAAGGCUCUCGAGCUUCAAAUACGCGAAUUGGAGGAUCGCAGAAAAGCCUUUGAGCUAGAGAAAACUGAAUGGGAACAGCAGAACGGUGUCACACUUGAUGAGCUGCGACGCAAGAGUCUGGAAGCGAACAGCAAAGAAACUGUGGACGGCAAAGACAAAGGUAAGAAAAAGAAGGGUCUUUUCUAGAGUUUCGCUCACCGUUAGAGUGUGGUGUAAGGACGGUAGGAAGAAAGUGUGCGCACACUGUUACUACUACUACUACUACUACUACUACUACUACAACUACAUGGAGGAUGAUCAUGAGGAUGAUGAGAACGACGGGAUGUGUGCUGGGAUGUCGGAAGCAAUAAUCAGGAAAGGAGCAGCAACAUUGGGUGGACAAAAUGCUCCACCCAGAGCGGUUCAUACACUGUGAUCAAAAUGCAAUAGUAUCUGCAAUAGGCGCACACUUCUCUGCUACCGCCAUUACUGUUUUCUACUACAGCUCAAACGGCGUCUAACAAUAUUCCAAAUCAAUUAUUGCAAGGCGACUUCAGAGUGGCGUAGGUGUACGCGCAGUCGAGUAUAGCUUUGGUAAGGUUUUAAACAGUCAGUUAAACGAACUAUUGUAGCAUCACUAUCCCGACUACACGAUAUCCUAUACUCUGUCGCAUCAUAGCAAACAAAACACAACAUCUCUCACAUGCCCCAUCAUGCUCGAUCAUCAAACAAUAUAUUUCAUAAGAGGUUAGCUAAAACAUUCACGAAUUGAAUAGUUGCAAAGGACGUUAGGGAACCUUCUCUUACUUACUAGAGGAUAGUAUUGCAGAAGGCGCGCACACAUCGUUGUGUCAUCGUCUUGGAAACAUCAGCUUUGAUACCUACUUGUAAUGAGCCUGCACUAAUGUUGCAAACAGACCAUUACAAGUUUAUUGCACCAUGUAAAAGCGAUCGUGUUGGCAAGAGGUUGUAUGUUGUGUGUAUUUGGGGAAAUUAUACUCUGGUGUAAAGCACAUUAAAUUAAGCAUUAACGUCGACUCUACCGAAACUGAGCGCACAUUAUAUUAUUUUGAAAACUAUAUAAAAAUAAUGCGUAUGUUUUCCUUUUGCAUGUACGAUUUUUCUUUUCUAUAAAAAUAUAUAAAUCGCUUUCGUAGUAAAGAGUGGCAGUGAAGCUCGUUAUUAUCAAUCAAUAAUAAAAACACACAGAAAAUUCAUAAUAGAUAGCAAAGGGUUUAGAAAACGACAAGCAAAUAAAAUCGGUCCCACCGUGCGCGCUCACAUUAAUGUAUCGCGACCUCGAUGCUCUGGUGAGAAAAGGGGGCAGAUCGCUUCAUAUCGAGUAAAAGCGAUAGAAAGGUUAGAAGGCCGAUUAUUUAACGACAAGCGCAUCAGUUUAGCACACCAACAUUCUCUCUUUUUUCCCGCAGAGACAGAUAUGCCAUAUAUAUAGACAUUUAGAGUAUGUAUAUUUAUUAAAUUAUUUUAAGAAAACACGGCUUAUUUUUUAUACGAAGAUAAGAGUAUUUGUAAACCUGUUUUUCUUUUAAUAUUUACACACAGAUAAUACACCAUCUAUAAAAAAGCGAUAUAGAUGUAAGCAAGCGGGCAGAUGAAAGGGGGAACGGAGAGGAGAGAGAUAAAUUAACCGUAAGAAGGUAAAAUCUCAUUGAGGAAGAAAGUGAAACAUGGAAAGAUAUUACAGAGCAGCUAAUAUGAAAAUGAAAACAAUGCUAAGAAUAGCGACAAAGGCGAAAAAAUAUGAAAACAAAUCAAUCAAUCAGCAGUAGUUUGAGUUAAAGAAAAAACAAUCUUAAAGCUAGAACAUAUAAAAUGGCGUAACUUUGUAACAAACUCAUACACCUAACUUCCUCGCACGUAGGAAUAUGAAAUUAAAUAUAUACAAAAUAGGUGCGAUCGCUUAAGACAACGGGAAGCAAUUUGAAAAUAACAGCAAAAUAGGACAACCGAUCAGAAAUUUGCCGUUUCGCAAAAGAUUUCCUGUUCAUAGAAACUCGAUUUCUUUCGAAUAUUCGCUAAGUACAACACCAUAUUUUAUAUAAGGCAACAAAACAUACGACGUAGCGCAGUGGCUAACAGCAGCGAUUUUUAGCUAACGGUAGACACGUCCCAUUUUUGCUUGGUACACAUACACGCACACACGCAUGAACAUUUUUCGAUCAUUUACGAUACAAUGCAUAUUUAUGGUAAACAUGCCACAAUUUGACCUUGAUUAGAUAGACAAUGUAAGUAGUGUUUUUGUCGAUACGAAAAAGGGAGAACGUGUGCGUUAAGAAACAAAAACUCCCACUAUCAUUACCGCUUGGGAAGGAAACGUUGCAUGGCCGUUGGGAAGGCACAGCUUAACUAGUCGUUUUUUUUUUUGGUAUUAGACUGUUCCACAAAGACAACGAAUGUUAGAGAGAAUGUAAAACAAUACGGUCAGUCCUGCCGAAUACGAGCUUUCUUGUUUGGUAAUAGUCGUCAGCGUAUUGGCAGAUUUUCCUUGGGAAAUUCGUAUAAUACGGUCCAAGGAGUAGACAUGGAUAUCCUUUACCACUUUGAGAGGUGAAGAAUCCGCGAUCGGUCCAUCCGAGGUCGAACAAUACUUACAGCCACCGGCCCAAACCUGAACUGUCAAAUGAUACUUUCUUUUCGCAGGAAAGUAUGGUUUCUCAUUUCGACCGUGGGUUUGAUCAGGUGUGUGAUUGGUAUGAGCAACGAACAUCUUGAUAGAAGAUAGGCUAUUACAAUUACACACACUCACUCAAUAAGCUUAACAAUAAGGAAAGCUGCAUGAAACAAGUCGGGCGUAGAAGUUGCUUCUGUUGGGAAAUUUAAAACACAUCUGAAGAUUAUUCAAUCAAUAAAUUUUUAAUUCUAUAGAAUCAAAGUCAUCCAGUAAACUGUAAACCAAAAUAAAAAAGCUAUCAUCAUCAGAUAAAGCGUACAAACAAAUUCGUAGUCGCGUAAUGUCUAGCGAUGUAAUCCACAAUGUAGAAAUGAAGAUGCAAGGCUCAACUUCCUGUUCUGCUGAUUUGAGACGACUAAUGAAAAAUGAAAAGCGAUCGGUGAGACUGAGGCAGAGGUGUGUUGUGGUGUAAAUCGUGCAUAAAUUUAAAAAAAACAUCAGACGGAUUAAAUGAAAAACAGUUCCAUACAACACAGAAAUUUUAGGAAUGAGUAAUCAUAUAAAAAGACAUGUGUAUGUCCGCUUGCUCUCUCCCUCUCUCUCUCUCUCUUUAUCGCCCUUUUCUUCUUAGUACAUCUUCUCUGUUCGUAAAAAAAGCGUAUUCGCUCAGUCAAGCGGUCUGAAUAAACAUGAUAAACUUACCAAAUAGGAAACAUAUUUUGUUGUAAUCACGUUCGACUGUGGUUUGAUGUUGACAAAGAAACAUGAUAACGUGUUCCAACUGAAAACGGCAUGAGUGAAAAUUUAUGAAAAAGAAAAACGAAAACAAAACGACGCGGAACGAAAAUUGAAGUGUUCUAUCUGUAUUAUUAGUGUGUUGUAAUGAAGAAUGAAGAGAAAACUUUGCUAAUGAAACACAAAUAAACAGAACGGGAAUAUAUAAUAUGCUUAAGAAGA